AUGACCAGGACCAUCCUGACUCAUGCACACCUCGCUCGAAGACUCACGUACAGCACAGCCCCUCACUACCACCAUACCACUCCCCUCGAUAUCUACCCCGAAGUCCAAGAAGCCUUAUCCACGCACAAACUCAUAGUAGCCCUUGAAACCACCCUCAUCACCCAUGGAUUCCCUUACCCAAUCAACUACACCCUCGUGUUGGACCUAGAAGACAUUGUGGGCUUGGAGAGAGAUGAGGUUGAGAGGUUGGUGGAUAGGGAGGGGAAUCCUAGGGUUGUUAAGGUUUUGAGAAGGGAUGUUGUGCCUGUGAUUGGGGUGAAGAUGGAUGGAGGAAUGACUUGCAGCGCUAUGCUGAUAUUUGCUGCUCUGGCUGGAAUUAAGGUGUUUGCAAUGGGAGGUGUUGAUGCUGUUGCGACUGCAGCCUAUUUACGUGUGUAA